AUGAAGAAUGGGCAACGGGCAUUCCUAGAACAACUGGGACUAGAAAGGCAGUCAACUCACUCUGCAUUACCUCGGGUCAUUGGUCACAAUCGAGUCAACUCUACUCACUGGUCUAUGGAAACUAGCCCCUCUGUCCCUUUCCCUUUUCAAGCUAAGCAAUCGAAAUCGAAAGAUCAGGUCAACUUUGCUUUCCGAAGUCCGCUCUCGUCUGCCUGGUCACUAUCCCCUCUUCAGUCUAUGAUCACUGGUAUUAGACGACUCUCUUUAAAACACGCUAUAACCGCAUCUAAUCAACUCAAGGCAUCAAAGCUGGAGCAGGAGGUAGGAAUCUUUCUAUUUGAACAGGCUCUGACCUCUGUCCCGCUCGCCACAAGCAACAGGCACCCUUUCUGGCACAAUCAAAGGCAAUAG